AUGCUUGUUUUAUCACAGUUUCGAGAUGACGCUUACGAUGCUACGACACUGCCACCGUCUCCACCUGCUACUGUUACCGCUCCAACACCAACUCCCAUGUUACCCUCGUGGUGUCUAUCUGAGGAUCACUCUCCACCGGCCGCUUCUCCCAUUCGUGCUCCCACUGUUGAUAAUAAUAACCAUGACGCUAAUGAUCACAACCAUGGUGGUGUUGAUUCUGACUAUGAUGUUGUCUCUGAAGAUCUUCCAACUGAGCCGACAUCUUCGGUCUCCUCAUCUCCAUCACCACAAUGUCCUCCUCCUCCGAGGCACCCGAUGAUCACCCGGGCUAAAGCUGGCAUUUUCAAACCUAAAUAUCGGGCGGAUCUCGCUUCUCAUGGGCUUUUGGCAGCUCUUCACGCUUCCACCGAUCCCACCAGUUUUAAAACCGCCGCUCGUUACCCGCAUUGGAGAUUGGGGGGUCCGACAAGGAAGAAGGAAGAAGCAAUAACUUACACCGACACUCCUGUUGUCUCCGUCCUUCGCAUCGCCACCUCCGGUUAUCUCACCGCUUCCACCUCCUACAUCGACAAUCAAAACAAAUACGUACAUGAAUGUAGACCAGAUGCGACCGUCUUCACGCUUCUUCUCAUACGGUUUUGUGUCCGUUUACACCUCUCACCGUUCCUGUGCAGUUCCGUCUUGCUUGCCUUGCGAUUUAAAAAAAACAACCAGUUUGAUACAGUGGUUCACAAGGAUUCACAAAUUCUCUUAAUAAUGUUUUGGAACAUCAAUUCGUGCGCAAGGUCUACGUGCCAGUCAGAGUACAAGAUGAUUUCAAUUUCUUCAGUUGUGGUAGUAAAGGUCAAUAAUAGCGACUGCAACGUGAAAUGGUCUGCAAUUAGGGUUCUUACAGAGAAUUCAGCUCCAAAAAGAGCUUAUUGCGUAAGGUUAUGUUACUUCAUUGGUGCUAUGUUCUUGACUGUCGUUGAUGCCUUGAGCAUGGUGUUUUAUGCAAUGAGCAUCAAAGUGUUGUCAACUGCAGUUGUUGGAGCGGUAGAAGAAUCCAAAGGAUUUAUCACAUUCUCCUUAACUAGCGGACUUAAAUAUCUUGUCUCCCAGGCUAGUUUUCUGAAUUGCAGAUUCUACCGUCAGGACUACUGA